UUGAAUGUGUUUUCAUUGUUUACUUUAGUGAAUAGUGGGUCGAUAAACUCGAAUUUAUUUGGUUAAAAAAACGUUAAGAGUAACGCGCGUUACGACACAUUAAUGUUAUAUCGAAUAGAUGAGGACAGCGAGUGUAUUUGUAGUGAAUAAAUUAUGACAAGUGGAUAUACAAUAUGGACCCACAGGAACUAGUGCCAUUGGAAUCUGGACUUCCCCGACCACGUCCCACUCGGCAGUUCAGUCAAAUAGCCUCACGAUCAUGUUACAAAGGACCGAUCAGGUUAUGUCGCUUACUGAUCUUGAUGAUAGUGCUGCCCUGUGUCUUCAUAUUUGUACCACUGUACAUGAGGUAUCGUGUCUUUUCCGGUCAAAUGUACCCAAUGAGCAUGACUGACAUGCGCUUGAUUGACAGCAAAAUAUCUCCAACUUGGUGUCAGAGACAAGUCGUAAGGUCAAAUGCGACCUUCAAUGCUUUCGUAGUCCCAGGCCCUCCAGAGCUCACCGAAGAGUUAGUCCCGGUUUCCAUGACAAGGGAAUUGGAACUAGAGGAUGAUAUGAAGGAAUACUGGGGAUUUUAUCUUCUCCAGGGAUCAACAGUGACUGUAUCUUCUUGCGUCAGGUGGCCUGGAGCAUCUCUUAUCAUGAUCAAAGGUUAUAAACACCUCCAGGAAUGCGCUUACAUUGGUGACGAUUCAUCAGAAGAAUUAGAUGAGCUAAUAGAAGCUCACAAACUUGGGCUACUGUCCAACUCCUCGCUACUGGAGAAGAUACACCAACUCAAUAAAGAAGAUGGAAAAGCAAAUGAUCCUGGAACAAUGAAAAGGCACAAGGCUGGAAUCAAAUUCCACGAUCCUAAUCAGAAAGCGAACGUGACGUCAUUGGGCAACGUGCCUUCUGUUGACGUCACGGACCAUGAUCCUAAGGAACUACGUGAAAUCCUCGAAAGGUUACACGCAAUACGUCAGGCUGCAAAAACCGAAUCUCUGAAAUACUACCAACCCCCCUCCCACCUCAUGUCUCUGCCAGCUCUACAUCGACAUAGAGAUACCAACGUCGACCGAGACGAAAGGCGAUUUCUAUCAUUUAAAGAUAUUGAUGGUAACGGCAGUGAGCCAGCUGCAAAAAAUUCAACAGAAAUUCCCACAAUUAAACCUAUUACACUAUCUAAUGAGAAUACUACAACAUAUAAUAAUCAUAUAAAUAAUAAAGAUAAUGUAAGCAGCGCUAUCAGAUCUCAAUCCGAAAAUAAUAAACUCGAUAACGAUAAAGAAGGAAAGAUAAGUGAUGUUAAUACAAGAAGAAAUACAACGGAUCUAGGAACGAGAACUAACGAAGAGACGAAUUCGAAGGAAGUCUACGAAGAAGUGCUGAAACAGUUGCAGUCGCUAGGGGACAGGGGGAAGAGAGUGCUGAUGAGGCUGCACGAGAGGAUGGGAGUUACAGAAAAUAAUAAGAUAGACAAGCCGACUAUAACGAGCAGUGACGAGGAGCUGGAUCACUUGAGGAAGAUUCUGGUUGAAGCUAUUGAUGAAGAGAAGUCGAAAUCACAACGACAACAAAAACGUCGUGAUGCAAGAGAAACUGCCAGAAACAAAAGAGAGCUGCUUCUUGGACAGAUUGAACUAGAAAAGCAACUGAAUGCAGAUGACGAAGCGAGGGACUACGCUGCUGAAGAGGGUCUCGAACCUGACGGUUAUGCAGAGCAUCACCACCAGAUAAAUGAAACAACCGCAUUCGAUAUGUCCAACUCCGAGUUUUGGUCGUCGUUCUCCAGCAGUGAGGAAGCGUUGCUAGAGUGUGCGGGACUCAUACUGAAUUUGCCGCUUACUCCUCAUGCGUCCUGUAAGCCUGGUGCUCCAGAUAAAGAAACAAAUGCAGCUUCUAGAGCGAAUGCUUUAACUUAUAGAGUCCCAGCAAACGGCUACUACUUCUUCGUGUUUAAUUCGGAAAAUGAAGUUCAAAGAAACUUCAUCCGAGCUCGCUUCGACCUGCAGAAGACGAGAUACGACGUGGCUCGCACGACGCUCCGAGAGUGUCGGAACAGCACCGACCGUUGCGACUUAUCACUUGACAUAUUUUCCAGCCAAAAGGUGGUUCUGGAGCUUCCGUUGCGGAACAACGAUUCCCUGUGGAACGAACAGUUCGUGAUAAUAUCAGAAUGUGAGCCUCGAACGUCUGUGUAUCUCGCUUGUGUGAUCGCCGUACCUAUACUCAUACUGGCAUUUGCGUUUCAAUGACGAGAACAUUCUAGAACAUUCUUGAAUACACUUCGAAUUGCUAUUACGAUAUUCAAUUCGGUAAUUGAUCGUGGUGGUCGUUAAACUUUACAAUAUUAUGAUCUUAUAAUUUUAGAUAUUUUAUGAUAUUUUUUUUUAGUUUGCUAGACAAAAUACCAGAUUAUUAAGUUUACAAUCAGAAUAUGCACAAAACAAUAAUAGCAGACAAAAAUAAAUACGAUUGUCUUUACAAAUUGAAAACUAAAGAGUACAAAGUCGUUGUGGCUAAUUAUAAGUUUGUAUUUAAUUUUAAAUAAUUAAUAAUCAUAAGAUAGUUGUUACACUUAUCAAGGAUAUUACGUAUAUUGUGUUGUUUAAAAAUAUAUAGAUAUUCACUUAAUAUAAGUACAUGUUAUAGUUUUGAAGCCUCAUGUAUAGAAUUUUAUAUCAGAUUAUGUAUCUAACAGUAAAAGCCGCCUAAACGUCUGAUUAAGAAUCGAAUAUCAAAUUAAUUGCAUAGGUACGAUAACAGAAAAAAUAUUCUCAAUUGAGACCUAGUUAAUAUAACGUCAAAAUUAUCUAUCGUCAUCUUAAUAGAAUUAUCAGUGACAUUUAAAAACAUAUUGACAACUGUUUGGUAUUCGUUUCUCGGUUCAGUCUUCUCUCUCAUGAGAUAUUCUACCGCCAAAUAACAGUAUUCAGUAUUGUUGUAUUUCGGUUUGAAGGGUGUGUGAGCCAGUGUAACUACAGGCACAAGGGACAUAGCAUCUUAGUUCCCGAAAUUGGUGGCGCAAUAGUAAGGAAUAGUUAAUAUUUCUUACAGCGGAACUGUCUAUGACUAUGGUAGUAACUUCUUACCAUCAGGUGGCCCAUUUGCUCGUCCGCCUACCAAAUUUGCUUCAAAUGUUUAUCUUAAGAUAAACAAUCAUAAAAUUUAUAUAUUCCAUGCAAUUUGCUAAUAGCUGUUCUAUAUUGUACACUACUAAUAGUUCUCGGUUUAUCUUCUUAUAUAUUAAUAGCAUAAGCCGAUUAUUGUCCUGGUGAUUAAGGGACGAUAGCUGCACAUAAAAAAUCGUCAUUUGCAUGUGAUGUGCUGAAAAUUAAAAAAAAAAAUUGUAUAAGAAAUUAAAUCAUUUAAAAAAGGUUUCAUCAUUUUGGCGCCAAAUGUUACUUGCAGUUUACAUACAAUCAUAGGUUUCGAAAUUUCAAAAAAACCGUUUGAAUAAACGCGAAGUUUCGUAGGCGACCCACUAAUCGGGCGUCUUUGUUUAUAAUACAACACUGUUUCGGUUAAAUACUUAUAUUCAUUGUAAUUUUACUUCCAAAAUUCCGAUAAAAGCUUCGUCAACAUUGAAAGGGAAAUUAGCGAAUCCAUUAUGAAAGAUAUCGCGUCUAUUGAAAGACAAAUUUGUUAAUUUGUCUUUUCUCCUCUUGUGGUUGACAUAGGCUGCAGAAAAAGUGCACUCGACAAUUUUAGAAGCAAUUAAAAUUCUCAAUUCAAUACGCCAAUUUUUGAUCGCGUGUCAUUAUUGAUUGAUGAUUUAAAACACAAUAUAGAUAAUGUUUGUUAUUUCCAAAGCGAAUUUAACAUCAACAAUGUAUCAGGUAGAACGACAUAAAUCAGAAAUGUAUCUAAUGUGUUUAUGUUAUGCUUGUUUAUAUACUUUCAUUCGGUUCGGUAUUCACAUCUUUUAACUAUCGAUUGAAAGGGAACUGUUUAUUUACAUUUUUCACUGCGAGUUCAUUCUGAAACAACCAUGGCUUCGAGCAACGUUUUCUGCAGAAGUCAGUAACUUUUUUGGUAAAUUGCCCGAUUUAAUUUGCCCUUUAUUUUAGUAAACAUUUUGGAUGUAACUAUGAUAGUAGACUUGAUGAUUCUUCCAUGAUGAAAAAAUAUAAAAGCAUUAAUAAGCAUAUUCGCGCUAUAUAUUAUUGUAAUGUCCUGUCAUUUAUAAAAUUCAAUUUAGUUGUAUAUAGAAAAUAAAACUAAAAUCAUCAUCGGCUGUGCAGUAGUCAGAUAGUUAAAUAUUUUGUAAAUUCUUUCAAAAUUAAAUGGAAUAAUUAUU